GUCCAAUCAAAAAGUAAAAGCCUUUGAGCGUAGAGAGAGCGAUUGAGACAAGGUAGCAAGUGUUGCAGCGGAAAGAGAUCGAGAUCGGGAGGGAGGGAGGGAGAGUGAGCUAUACCGGAUAUGGGAUCUCAGCUACUCAUCUUCUACUGUCACUCUUCCAACUACUUUCCUUGAUUAGUGUCUUUUUUUUUUUUUACUUCUCUUCUCAAACAGAGAUUCGUGGAAACUUACACUCUCUCUGGACUUUGAAAGCCUCACGUUUCAGCACAUUGUUUGUGGUGCUCAUCUGUCUGAAGAAACCAAAUGGGUUCGAGAUACGCAUCUCACCAGCUCAGCAACGGCCUCUUCGUCUCCGGCAGGCCAGAGCAGCCCAAAGAAAAGCCUCCAACGAUGAGCUCAGUAGCCACGCCUUACACCGGCGGCGACAUCAAGAAAUCAGGAGAGCUAGGAAAAAUGUUCGACAUCCCCACAGAUGGAACCAAGUCAAGAAAGUCCGGCCCGAUCACCGGAGCCUCUUCCAGAAGCGGCCAGCAGCCCGGCCCGGGCGGGCCCAACGCAACCGGCCGCAUGUCAGGCUCCUUAGCUUCCACCGGUUCGAACUCGAUGAAGAAAACAAACUCAGGACCUUUGUCUAAACACGGUGAGCCGUUAAAGAAAUCCUCCGGUCCCCAAUCCGGAAACUCCGGUCCCAUCCCUAUACUCCCGACCACAGGGCUCAUAACGUCUGGGCCCAUCACCUCAGGCCCGUUGAACUCGUCCGGGGCUCCUAGGAAGAUCUCUGGUCCUCUGGACUACUCCGGUUCGAUGAAGCCGCAUCAUCAUAAUAACCCUUCUUCAGUUGUUCAUAACCAGGCGGUGACCACGCUCGCUCCUGAAGAUGACUUCUCCUGCAUGAAGAGCUUCCCUAAGCCUGUGAUGUGGCUGGUAAUACUUAUAUUUGUGAUGGGGUUCCUCGCCGGAGGCUUCAUCCUCGGAGCGGUUCACAAUGCGAUUCUCCUCAUUGUUGUGGCGGUCUUGUUCGCUGCUGUUGCUGCGCUCUUCUUUUGGAAUGUGUCUUGUGAGAAACGUGGGAUUACAGAUUUUGUGGCUCGUUAUCCUGAUGCUGAUCUUAGAACUGCUAAAAACGGUCAAUACGUUAAGGUCACUGGGGUUGUCACCUGUGGUAACGUACCGCUUGAGUCAUCGUUCCAUAGAGUUCCCAGAUGUGUUUACACGUCUACGUGUCUGUAUGAGUACCGUGGAUGGGGUUCGAAGCCAGCUAAUGCUUCACACCGCCGCUUCACAUGGGGACUGAGAUCAGCAGAGAGGCAUGUGGUGGACUUCUACAUCUCUGAUUUUCAAUCCGGGCUGAGAGCAUUGGUGAAGACUGGAAACGGUGCAAAGGUGACACCUAUAGUUGAUGAUUCUGUUGUCAUUGACUUCAAGCCAGGAAGCGAGCAAGCGUCUCCAGAUUUCGUGAGGUGGUUGGGUCAGAAGAAUCUAUCUAAUGAUGAAAGAGUAAUGCGGCUAAAAGAAGGGUAUAUCAAAGAAGGGAGCACAGUGAGUGUGAUAGGAGUGGUGCAGAGAAACGAGAGCGUGCUAAUGAUAGUCCCAACGACGGAGCCAUUAGCUGCUGGUUGGCAGUGGAGCAAGUGCACGUUCCCUGCAAGCCUUGAAGGGAUUGUACUGAGAUGUGAAGAUUCAUCGAACGUAGACGCCAUUCCUGUCUAGAUAGUAGUAAGUCCUUCCACGUGUUGGUAGACGCACUUGUCUCACUUCGGCUUCAUUAAUAUUUCUCAUGAAAUCUGAAAUGUGUUCUCUGAUGGUGCUCUCUACUCUACCGAUGAUGAUUCCUUUGGUCUUAUGGUAGUGUUUUAUUUUCUUUACUUUUAAUAUCUCUUAUUAUUUUAUAUCUGAGUAACAUUAGGUUGAUUAAUGUAAUGGUUGUGGAGUACUAUACUAUGACUUAAUUUGUGUUAUUGUUUGUAAUUGUAAAGUUCUAAACUUGUGUCCUAAUUUGAUUUGCCUUCUCUA